AUGGAUUCUCUGUCAGGUGUGGAAUUCAGAAAUCGGCUGCAGACGGAGUUUGACGGUGUCAAUCUCCCGAACUCAAUGGUUUUUGAUUAUCCCACGGUCACUGAACUUGCUGGCUUCAUCAAUGGCCAGCUUGGGGAUGCCCCAGAAUCUUCCACGCCAGCCAUGUCCACCUCCGCAGCCCCACAGCAAUCGCAAGAGCCCUUCGUGGAAGCGCUCAACUCGCUGUGCAAUGGAGGCUCUGAGACUGCGGCUAGCAAGCCAGUGUUCCUGGUACCUGGUGCAGGCAUGCAAGCGGGAAGCUUUAGAACCCUCGCCGCGCGCCUUGCGUUGGCCAGCUACGGCCUGAGCUGGCCCAAGAGUAUCCCCAGAGAAGAGUGGCCCAGCAGUCUCAAGGAGCUCGCGGAGCUCUUCUUCGCCGAGAUUCAGAAGGUCCAGCCUUCUGGUCCCUACAUUUUGGCGGGGCACUCCUUCGGCGCCAACGUCUGUUUGGAGAUAGCAGCCGUCGCCUCCUCGAAGGGGCAGCAAGUAUCUAUGGUAGUCCUGCUGGAUCCUCGAAGCUUGCUACCUCUUCAAGUGGACGUGCAAGCAGCGUUUGCCAAGUCAGGCCUUGCCGAAAGCUUGGCGCUGCUGGCACAGACUCUGCCGGGUGUAGAAGGAGCACGCUAUGCAGAGCUCUUGGACGCCCACGCAGGGGACGGCGACGAGGCCAUCAGGAAAGCCCUCAGUCCGGGGGCCCUAUCUUCCUUGGAGCACGUACAUGAAACCACGCAGUGGUACAGCGCUCUGCUCCAGCAGGGCGAGGCCCCGCCGGCGCUUCCAGGCACCAAAGUCGCAGUUCUGCGAGCCCCGGUGGCUUGGAAGUCGGCAAAGGCGAAUGAGACUACUGCGGAGAGGAUUGUGCGUGAGUUCCAAGCUCUCACCUUCCAAGAUGACAAGGAGGUUGCCAGCCAGCUUUCGGCCCUUUCGCAGGCGCCUGAAGUCCUCAAGGUGCCGGGCACGCACUUUAGCAUGCUCCACGAGCCGAACGUGAUUAAAGUGGCGUUCAAGGUCAUUUCAGCUUUGAACAGCAUGGAGGAGGAAGAUGAGGAGUAG